GGGGGGAGGAUCGCGGGGCUCAGGCCCGGCCCAGGAAGUGACUCGCAGCCGCUGCGGGGACUCUGGCUCCCGGCGAGAUCCCCGCGCCCCGGCGGCUGGUGCUGGGAGCCCGGAGCCCGGGCUGCAGCCGGGAGAGGGGAACCUCCAGCCGGGCCCUGCCCGCUGCUCCCCGGGAGCCUCUCCCAGGGCAGAGCCCCCAGCCCGGCCAGGGCCCCUUCCCGGCCCGGCCCCUGCCCCGGGGGGCCCCGCUCGGAGGGAAGAUGCCGGUGACCUUCGAGGAGGUGGCUGUGUAUUUCACCGAGGGGCAGGGGGCUCUGCUGGACCCUGGUCAGAGAGCCCUCUACAGGGACGUCAUGCAGGAGAACUACGAGAUGGUGAUCUCACUGGCAGGAUUUCCUGUUCCCAAACCGGAGCUGAUCACCCAGCUGGAAAGAGGGGAAGAGCCGUGGGUCCCUGAUCUCCAGGGCUCCGCGGAAUGGGAGGUCCACAGAGGCACCCGCACAGGGAAUUAUUUUUGUCUGGAUUCUCUCUCUCUCCCAGCAGUUGAUGAGGCUAUGAUGAGUGAGAACAAGGAGAAGAAUUCACAGCAGGAAGAUCCUGAUCAAGUGGAACUGCAGGGGAACUUUUGGAGAAGAGCCAAAGGGAAUUUUUCCCAGUCCUUGGACCAGGGCAAAGCUUGGAGAAGUCAGCAGAGGUCAGAGAGGCAGCUGGGAAACCACCCAAUAAAGAAAGAGAAACAAUCCAUUGAAUGUGGGGUAGGAUGCAAGGACCCCAAGAAAACCACAGACCCACAGACAAAUCCCAAGGAAGAAAAACGCUAUAAAUGUCUCAGCUGUGGGAAAAGCUUCAAUCAGAAAUCAAACCUUAUCACUCAUCAGAGAAUCCACACAGGUGAAAAACCCCAUAAGUGCUUGGACUGUGGGAAAAGCUUCAGCCAGAAAUCAUCCCUUAUUAUACAUGGGAGAAAGCACACAGGAGAGAGGCCUUAUAAAUGCUUUGAGUGUGGGAAAUGUUUCAAUCAGAUCUCAAACCUGACUACACAUCAGAGAAUUCAUACAGGGGAGAAACCUCAUAAAUGCUUGAAAUGUGGCAAAAGGUUUAGUCAGAGAUCAGCCCUGGUUACACAUCAGAGAAUCCAUACGGGAGAGAAACCCCAUAAGUGCUUGGACUGUGGGAAAAGUUUUAGUCAGAGAUCAGCCCUUAUUACACAUCAGAGAAUCCAUAUGGCGGAUAAAAUGUAUAAAUGUCUCAAAUGUGGGAAAAGUUUCAGUGUGAAAUCAGCCCUUAUCAUGCAUCACACAAUCCAUGCAGGAAAGAAACUUCAUAAAUGUUUGGAUUGUGGGAAAAGUUUCCGUGACAGCUCAAACCUCACUAAACAUCGGAGAAUCCACACAGGAGAGAGAAUGUAUCAGUGCCUCGACUGUGGGAAAAGCUUCAAUCGGAAAUCGAACCUUCUUACCCAUCGGAGAACCCACACAGGAGAGAAACCCCAUAAAUGCUGGGAAUGUGGGAAAAGCUUCAGUCAGAGAUCAUCCCUUAUGAAACAUGUGAAAAUCCACACAGGAGAGCGGCCGUAUAAAUGUCUUGAGUGUGGGAAAUGUUUCAAUCAGAACAUAAACCUUAUUACGCAUCAGAGAACGCACACGGGAGAGAGACCCUACAAGUGCCUGUACUGUGAAAAAAGUUUUACUGUGAGAUCAGCCCUGAUUACACAUCAGAGAAUCCAUACAGGAGAGAAACCCCAUAAGUGCUUGGACUGCGGGAAAAGUUUUAGUCAGAGACCAGCCCUUAUUACACAUCAGAGAAUGCAUACAGGAGAGAAACCCUUUAAAUGUCUCAAUUGCGGGAAAAGUUUCACUGUGAGAUCAACCCUUAUUACGCAUCAGGCAAUCCACACAGGAAAGAAAUCCCAUAAAUGUUUGGACUGUGGGAAGAGCUUCAGUCAGAGUUCAUCCCUUAUUAAACAUGGGAGAAUGCACUCGGGAGAGAAACCCUACAUAUGUCUUGAGUGUGGGAAAAGCUUUAGUCAGAGAUCAUCUCUUAUUAUACAUGGCAGAAUGCACACGGGAGAGAAACCCUAUAAAUGUCUUGAGUGUGGGAAAUGUUUCAUUCAGAGGUCAAACCUUGUUACACAUCAGAGAUCCCACUCGGGAGAGAGACCCCAUGAGUGCCUUGACUGUGGGAAAAGUUUCAAAGUGAGAUCAGCCCUUGUUACACAUCAGAGAAUCCACACGGGAGAGAAACCCCAUACAUGCGUGGACUGCGGGAAAACUUUUAGUCGCAGAUCAGCCCUUAUUACACAUCAGAUAAUUCACACUGGAGAGAAGCCCCAUAAAUGCGUGGACUGCGGGAAAAGCUUCAAUAACAGUUCAAAUCUUACUAAACACCGGAGAAUUCACACAAGAGGGAGAGACUCUAGAAAUACCUCAGAUGCAGGAAAAGAUUCAAUCCGAGCUCACACAUUAUUACCCAUCAGCAAUCCACAGAAGAGGGAGAACUUGAAUGUGGGGGAAUCUUCAGCUGGUGCUCCCACAGAAUCAAGCAUUGUCCGCUCCACUCAACUUCAAGCAGAGCUAACGCCGGGUUGGACAUCAGAGACUCCUCCACGCAGCAGGGAAAUUCUGUCAGGGCCCUGACUGGGGCUGGCCAUGGUGACAAACCCAUUUCCUCAUUCCCACACACAUCAGGAAUAUUUGGCUCCCAAGGAUCCAGCUGCCCAUCCCCCUGCCAUGGAGUUGAGGAGAAGGACACUUGGGCCAGGCCCCACCUUCACUCUACACACCUGUCCCCAUCUCCCAUCUUCCACCAGCCUUUGCACUGGGCUCCCCCACUUACCUGGAGCUGUUCCUUAACUCCUCCCCUCCCCGAAUCCCCCAGAGCGCUGGACUCUCUGGGAUCAACCGUUAAGGGACCAGGCCGAUGGGUUAUGGGGAGGACACUGCGGAUUGAAUGGUUGAGGCUGGUGGCGCUGGGAAGCAGGGGGAGCUGGGUGCUGGGCUGCUGAGUGUUUGGGGAUGAUGGGAUAAGAGGUGAGGGAGAGCAUGGGGUAGAGAGGUGCUGCCUCUCCUCACUCACCCCCUCUGCCCCUUCUCCCUGCCCCCGCUGCAUUCAGACAGCACCACUGAGAGAGGCUGAUUCCCACAGACUGCGGCGGGUUCUCAACCUAUUUACCAUUGUAGGCUGCAUAUGUGGCCCAUAAUGCAUUAUGUGGACCGCAUCCAAUACUACCUGUAUGGCCCUGAGGAUGUCAUGUGGGCUGCAGCUGUGUGCUGAUCGGGCCGCAGGUUGAGAACCACUGCCACAGGGCCUUUCGUGGGAGGCCUGGAGAUCCCACCUCUGCCUCCGCAGCAUCAGCCUCCGAGAGCCUGUCUACGGUAGGAAACGUGGUCAGCAUCAGCCAGCUCAUCUCCUCUGACCCGCCCCCACUCAUCCUACCCUAGACUGAGCCUGAGCAUCUAAUUCCUUCGGACCCCACCAUUAGCAGAGUGAUUGCUAGAGUCACUGAGUUCCCCCUCUGGGGAUGCUGGACCAAUCUGUCCAGUGGGGUGAUGAGAGCCAUUGAACCAAACUGUAAACCCUGGAUAUGAUGGAAACCACUUCAAGCCAGGGGAUGCGGCAGCAUCCCUCAUUCUGGCACCUGUGCCUGGGGUAGGUUCUCUCAUUCCUAGAUAGUCUAUCAUUACUCCAGGCCCUGCUGAAAAGCAUUUAGUGUUUAUACAUUUUUUCCCUUAUGGGCCAGAAUUAAACAGAUACUACAAAAGUGGGAGCAGGGACAGUGAAAUGUGGUGUUUUAGCUUCUGUUUUAUUUGUGAGCGACGGGGAGAGUCUGAGGGAUUCCCUCCUUCCCCCAUCACCCUCACGCUCCACAGGGACACAGCAGCCUCUGUCCAAACCUUGCAGAGUUUAUCCCAGGGCUGGACAAACGACCGCCCAUGGGCCGGAUCUGGCCUGCUGGGGAGCAGCUGCUGGGGCUUGUCCCCCUCUGGAGCUCUCGCUGGGGAGUAGUGUUCGGUGCUGCUCCACAUGGCUCCCAGAAGCAGCGGCAUGGCCCUCCUGCAGCUUCUACACGUAGUGGCAGCCAGGGGGCUCCACUCUGCACACUGCCCCUGCCCCAAUUGCCGCCCCUGCAGCUCCCAUUGGCCAGGAAGCGCAGCCAAUGGGAGCUGCGGGGGCAAUGCCUGCAGACAGGGCAGCAUACAGAGCUGCCUGGCCGCGUCUCUGUAUAGGAGCCAGAGAAGGGAUAUGCCGCUGCUUCCAGGAGCUGCUUGAGGUAAGCGCUGCUUGAAGCCUGCGCCCCAUAGCCUCUCCCCAAUCCCCUGUCCCAGCCCUGAUCCCCCUCCCGCCCUCCAAACCCCUCGAUCCCAGCUCAGAGCACCCUCCUGCACCCCAAACCUUUCAUCCCCAGCUUCACCCCAGAGCCUGCACCCCUAGCCAGAGCCUUCAUCACCCCUUUGUCCCAGCCCAGAGCAUGCUCCUAUACCCCAAACGCCUCAUCGCCAACCCCACCCCAGAGCCUGCACCCCCAGCCGGAGCCCGCACCCCCCCCCCCACCCUCCCGCCCUAGCCUGGAGCCCCUCCCACACCCUGAAUUCCUCAUUUCUAGCCCCACACUGGAACCCAUGCCCGCACCCAGAGCCCUCACCCCCUCCCAUACCCCAACCCCAAUUGUGUAAGCAUUCAAGGCCUGCUGUACAGUUUCUAUUCCCAGAUGUGGCCCUUGGGCCAAAACGUUUGCCCACCUCUAGUUUAUCCUCCUCAUUCUACCCCUCCACCUCCCAAAGUGUCAUUUGCCGCAGUGUUCUUAGCUCUCCGUGCUUAGGAAUGACCGUUUGAUUUCCCUGAUCCUAAAUCAGACUUCUGAGGGCUGGAGAAGAAAGCACAGAUUGAGCUUUCUGUGUUUAUUGCUGUUUCCAUAUAUUGGUAAAAAUUCCUUCCAGGCUUUUUCUAGGGUAGUUCAGGUCAUUUGUAGAUGGGAAGUUGGGCUUUCUUUCUUUCUUUCUUUCUUUCUUUCUUUCUUUCUUUCUUUCUUUCUGCUAAAACUUUUGUAACUAACAACCAUAAGGUGUGAAAUAAAGCAGGCUUAGCCAGUUCAGAGGGAAAUGGGUAAAUUUAUUUUCCUGAUAUAAAGUCUUAAGAUUCUCUGGGAUUUCACCUUAUGAAUGUGAAAGUCUUUUAUAGACACCCUGGACUGUGGGUUAUUCUCUGUUCCUACAGGCUGUUUGGUCACGUACUUUGAUAUUAGUUUAGCUUGACAGGAUGUAGCUCAGAUUUAUUGAGGAAAUCACAAGACAAACGAUUGUUUGUCAGAAUAGUCUUUUGUAUAUUUCAUUUUAACCUUGUCAUGUGAUUUUUGCGUGGUUUGAACAAUGACAAUGAUCAAUAUCUAUCCCACAGACACUGAGGGUGAGCACUAGAUUUAAACUCUGAGAUGCAGACUGAAAUGGGGAAAGAAUUUACUGCCUGAUCCCUGCAGUGAUGUGAGAUCCAGUCAGUAGGGAGAGAGGAUGGGAGAUGGGGGGAACAGAGCUGGUAAACUGCUGGGUUUGCUCUUGAGAGCCAGACAGCUGAGGCUGAGAACUGUGAACUCACUACACCAGUGCCAGAGAGAGACAGGAAUUCUCCUACCAGUGCUGGGCAAAGCUGUCCCUGAAGUCUAAAGGGCUACAGAUGACACCCCAAGAGGUGUGAUGGGAAAGGGGCAGGGUCUCCUGCUUGCUGAGAGGAUGAGGCUGGGCAGAAGGGAGAAGAAAGCCAGGGAAAUGAACAGGUCUGACCAGCCCUAAAGCCUGAUCAACCCAAAGAGAGCCUGUUGGCCCUGCUGGUCUUCUCCUCACCUACCGCAGUCUCCUGUGUGUGGACUAUAGACACACUCUGGGCUCCACGCACCCCGCAUGGCUUCCCUCAAACCUGAACUCCCCAUGUUUCCUGCUCUGGAACAUUUGCUUUUGUGACUGGGUCCCAGCAUUUCUCGUGGACUGUCUGUGCUUUUCUACCAGCUUUAACUCAUUCCUCUCUCCCUGGUGCCCACGGGAGCUGGGAACGGUGCUGGGCUGGGCUGUGCCGAACCUUGGGAUGGGUGGGGAUGGUUAUAUUUUCUUUCUUGCUUUCAAAUAAUAAAGUAGAAAUUAGCUUCUCAAA